GCCACGUGGCGGUGACGGUCAAUGACGGUGAGAGCACAACAGCAACACCCAGCGCCCAUUCCUAUAAGAUUACCUUCUCCACGCACUUAUCAAUCCCACAAUUCCACCACUCGCUUCUUCGUUACCCAAAGCACCGAAAUUCUCACAUGAUGGCGCGCCAUCACCAACAGCCUAUCGACGGUCCGGCCGACUACCCAGUCGUCGACAAACGCGAGCAGACCGGGCUGCUCACACGCUUCGUACCUGCGUCGCUCAAGAACGGCAAAUUCUACCGUCUGUUCCUCCGCCUGACGCGUCUUCUGCAAUUCCUUUCCUCCGUCAUCUCGCUCGGCAUCUUCUCUCAACGCAUGUUCAAAGUCUACCGCUUGGUCAACAGCAUCAAGACACGCCGCGGUGUCAAUGGCGCGUAUGGUGCAGUUGAAGGUAUUCUCGCAGCUGCCGUCUUGUACACCUUGAUUAGCACGCUAUUGGGUUGCAUCAAGAAGAGUGCCAAUCCCGGAGGACGAGGUCUGCGCUGGCUCUGGGUGCUACUUGAUCUUCUAUUCGUUGGAGCCUUCAUCGCAGUAACUGUCCUCACCCGACCCAAGGGUGGACUUGCUGGCGCCAGGCACUGUUAUAGUCCAAAGCGCCUUACCAACGGUACGACCCCAAGCACUGUUACGGGCGAGUCGGCAAAUGCGCAGGACGACUCUUGCAACUUACCUUGGGGCACAUUCAUUCUGGGCAUCAUCAGCACUCUUCUCCACGCUAUCACCGCCUCCUUCCAUGAGAUCAAGGAUCACCGCCGAAGGACCAGGAUCGACCAUGAAAAGGCUGUCCACGAGCAGCACGCUCGUGGUGAGGUGCCGCUCGAGCACAACAACGUCCGAAGUUGAUGAGAUGAGAGGCACUACGAUAUGGGCGCUUAACUA